AUGUUCAAAUCUCUCUGCUUUGAUAACAACACGGAAGAUUCCCUUGUUACGCCUACUCCAAGCAUGGGAGUGAAUAUGGAUUUAUUCUGGGAUGAUGCUCUCAAUGAACGUGAUGAUGAAGAAAUCAUUGUGCGUCAUCACCAAGUCCCGAAACUGAAGCCUCUUUCCUCUCACUCGAGGAAUGAAGAAGUGCAUCAACAAUCACUCAACAACCAAACAUCCUCCUCGUUAUGGUCCAACUCAACUUCAUCUCAUCAACACAUGAUGAUGAUGAAUCAAAUCCAACUCAACAAUUCAUCGUUGAAUGAUUCAACUUUUGGGAUUACCAGCGACUUGAAAAGCAAAUGUUCAUUGGAGCACAACGAGAAUAAUCAUCACGACACUAUUGUUUCAGCCGACUUUGAAAUAGCCUCCAAUCUCCACAAGAGAAAGAGAGCGAGCAGUGUUACUACUGUAGAAUCAUCCUCAGAUGAAUUCACCAAUGAUCCCAUCAUCGGUUCAGGACUUGUGCGAGAUGAUGAUGCCGAGAGAGAGCCAUUGAAGAAUAUAUCCAAUACAGUAGCAUCCAUGAUGAUGGCAAAAUCAAGGCAAUCCUUGAGCAAUACUGCUCUGGGUAGUACUUCUAGUCCAAUCAAAAAGAAGAAGAAGAUCAAUCUUAUUGACUUUGAAAAGAAGAGAAGAGAAACCCGAGUUCUCAAUGUUAUUCCACAAACACCAACAACAUGUACUCGUGAUCAACAGAGUAUCGGAGGCUUAUACUUUUCAUCAAUUGAAUCUGCUCUUCGUGAAGCACAACCAUUUGAUACCCUUCUUCUUCAUGAAGGAAUUUAUCAUGUACAACGAACCCUUAAUAUCAAUGUAGAAGGAAUUCAUCUGAAAGGAGUCUCAGAUAAGGUUCAUUUGGUUGGCAUGUGCCCUUCAAAUGUAUUGAGUAUUGAACACAAAUCAAUAACCAUUUCUCAUUUGAACAUUUCUCAUGACAUUCAACCAUGCACCUCCACGAGUACUGCCGUUUCUUCAUCUUCUGGUACUAAUUGUGCUCUCAUAUCCAUCGAUACACAAUCAUAUCUUGGUGAUGAAAUUUUCCAAAUUCACAUCAAGAAAUGUCAACUAUAUAACAGUGUGGAACAUGGAAUUUUGGUUUCUGGUGUUGCAGAGGCUGUAAUUAUUGACUGCUCUAUUCACCACUGUAAGAAGAUUGGAAUUCUUUAUACGAACAAUGCUAGAGGUCUUGUUCAAAACAAUGAAAUUUUUGAAAAUGACUAUGAAGGAAUCACAUUCAGAGGUAGAUCUCAUCCCACUGUAAAAAACAACCGGAUUUGCAAUGGUCAUUCAGGAGGAGUCUACAUGCGCGAAAACUCUCAUCCUUACCUUUUUGAAAACGAAAUUUUUGGCAACAAGCGCUCUGGUAUUUUCAUUGCCAACAAAUCAAAGCCAUACAUUAAGAAAAAUUUCAUUCAUUCCUGUAAAGAGAAUGGAAUUGUACUGAAGAAUCAAUGUGCUGGCAAAAUUGAAGGCAAUGACAUUUAUCAAAAUGCAUAUCCAAACCUGUACAUUGAUGAUGAAUGUGAAACUGAAAUAAGAUGUAAUAAGAUUAGAUUAGGAGGCUCGUUUGGUAUUUGGGCAAAAGGGAAGUGUAAAUCUAAAAUUUGUGAGAACGAAAUUUUUGACAAUGUUGGCAAGAACAUUUUAAUUACCGAGUCAGCCAAACCAUACUUUAGCGAGAACAAAAUUUAUUAUUCUCGAAGUAAAUUGCAAACGGAGGAACUCAGAGGAAUUGUUUUAAAGGAUUUAUGCAAACCAACUUUUGAAUUCGAAGAGAUUCAUGGACAUUCAUCCUCAGGAGUGGAUAUUGCAGGAAGAGCUCAACCUCUAUUCUUCGCUUGUAAGGUGACAGAUAACUCAAAGAAUGGAUUUUUGAUUAGAGAUUAUGCUUGUCCAACAAUUAAUGAAUGUAUUAUAUCCAACAACGUUUAUCCCAACAUAUUAGCCAUAGAUAGGGCUGAGACAGUGAUUAGCAAGUGCAAAAUACAUUCUGGAAACCAAACUGGGAUUUCAAUUAAGGGCACACCAACUACAACUAUAAGAGAAAGUGAAAUUUUUGGAAACUCUUUUUCAAACAUCAAAAUUGGUGGAAACUCAACUACAGAUAUUAUUGAAUCGAAGAUUUACAAUGGAAGACAAAGUGGAAUAUGGGUCAAGGAAGAUGCUUCCGGUAAAAUUUUUAGAUGUAGCUUGUUUAACAACAGAAGGGACAAUAUCUUCAUGGAAAUGAGAGGUAAAAUGAUUAUUUCCGAAAAUGAGGUUGAUAAAUAG